UACUGCGCGCGCAUGUUUGAACAUAAUAAAAUUUAGUUCGACGCUUGUAUUAAAAAAAUUAUUAAUAAGAAAAAUAUUCGUGAUUGUUAAUUAAAAAUAAGAUUAAUCGUGUCCAACGUAAUUAUAAUUAGUAAAAUGAUUGUUUGAAUGUAUACGGAACUCGUGUGUCAGUGAAUUAUAAAAUGUGAAAGUUGGUAAACCGUGUAAAAAAUAGUGCUUGUUGCGUUUAGCAUACUUUUGUGAUUCAAACAGCUGAUAUAUUAACUAAAAUUGACUACGACAGAUGUGACCGUCCGAAUAUAUAUUGGUUUGUUUUGUAAGUAAUGUGGUGUUGCACGGAUGGACGUCAGUGAACUGUCAAGUUUGCCGCCAAAACAAAAUGGCCGCUAGGGGGCGAUGGCGGACACGCUGCCGGCUCUGCGCAGCGCUGUUCGCUAUACUUAUACAAGUUGUUAAUGGUUAUGAACAAAUAUACACAAUAUCACAUCUAUCACCAAAGUCUGAAAUCAACGAAAAAUUAAAUCUAGAUGACGUAUUACAAACAUCGAACACAGAAAACUUAGCUUUUAGGAUAGAACCUAGUGCCAAAUUUGACGUAGAACUAGAUACGGAACUAGAAAAAAUUAUAGAAGGAGAAGAUGAUGCUGAUACCCAUUUUAUAGUAGCGAGAUCUGCUGAUCCCAAUGAUAGGGAGUCGAGGUCUAUUAAUAUUGAAGAAAUACCCACAUCGAAUCACAAUGAAAUCGACAACGAGUUAGAACUUCAUAAUAAGAGAAAGUACUUUGAUAUUACUCCAACGAAAACUCUAGUAUUUUUACACGAUCAAGAUGAAGAAAUGUUCGUAUCUUCAGAGGGAUUUGGUGAUAAACUUAAUUUUAAGUUUCCGGGGGAAGCCAAAAGGGUCCCGAAGGGGCGCGCACUCGCACCUACGGGGCCCAAAGUACGGCCGUCUGCAGUGCAACCGAUUUUUGCAACAGCUACCCAUAGGGAGCAAGGCCGACAAAAUUCGGAGAUUCAAAAUAUCAUUACAGGAAUUGUCAAAUUAUUAAACGGUAAUGUUAACGUACAGGCGAAUACGCAGCUACUUAAUGGUAGACCGGGCCGACCCAUGGCUUCGAGAAUAAACAAUCGUGGUCCCCCUAAAAUAUCGGACGUUCCUCCCCUCCCAGAUCUCGAGCAGAACGUAUCACCUCCAGCGUUCGCAUUCCAUCCAACACCUCCCCCUUAUCCUUUCGAUCGCCCGCCAUAUCAUGGUGUCAAUUUACCUGAGCAAAUUGUUCCACCAAUGACUUCUCAUCGACCAGGGUUUCGUCGACCGUCGCCUCCCUGGCUGAGACCUCGGCCUUGGCCACCCCACAGGAGACCGAACCCUAACAUGCAAAUAUAUAAACCAACACCACCUCCUCCACCGAUUGAUAUCCCUAACUUAGAUUAUACCGAUCCUGAGGAAGCAAUAAACGAAAAUGAAAGUGGUCAUUCAGAAAACAAUAUACACCAAGGAGAUAAAGAAACAGUUUCUUCUCAAAAUGUACCACAGGCAAAUACUCCAGAAAUCGAUGACGAAGUUCAAUUGCCCACACAGGAUGAAACAACACCUUCUACCACUACGACUACUACUUCAACAACUACAACCACAACCACAACAACAACAACUGAACCGCCAACUACCUCAACGUCUACUACGACAACGACAACUACCGAGAAAACGACAACGACUGAAAAACAAACAGAGCCUCCAACUGAACCACCAACACCACCACCAACAAAACCACCUACAACACAGCCGCCCACAAAACCACCUACAACACAGCCAUCCACACAACCACCGAAAGAGACAUUUCGUAUAACCACAGAGAAGCCCACAACGGAGAAACCAAUUAUUACCAAACCAGAAAAAGAUAAUAAAAAAGAUGCACAACUCAGUAGUGAAAAGGAUAAUCAAACCAAAGACAAACAAGCUGUAAAAGAGAGCCCAGUCGAGAUUUCAAAGAACCAAACACUAACGGAGCAUUUUAUACAAUCAUCUAUAUCGGAUGUUAGUUCAACAACCAAUUCUUUACUUUCACCAACACCUACUGAAGGUCUCGCAAGUCAUGUUCCUGCAGUUGUAGAGCCGAGUGUUAAUGAAGACAUCAAAUCAUCAUCGAUUAAUUCCCAACCCUUACCACCUUCACAAGGUAUACCCUACCAUCCCUAUCGACCAAGACCUGGUAUAGUGCUAGAUGAUCCAGAUUUCAAGCCCCACGGCUCCCGGUACAGGCCAGAAGCCUCCGUGAUCACAGCACACGAACCUCAGUUACCAGGUUAUGGAGAAAUAUUCGAUGUUACAGUCUCAGCUAUACAAGGACCGGGAGAGAAAGAUCCGCACGCUCCUCACGCCACGCACCAACAACAUACGCGUCCACAAACAUUCCGAAGACCACAACCCACUGUGAGAAUAGAUACGUGUAUAGUUGGUGAUGAUUCAACAUGCGAUCAGACGCAGAACGAAAAAUGCAGGACGGAAUCAGGUAUCUCUAGUUGUCAAUGCCGGCCGGGGUACGCUCGCCGCACGCACAGGGACCCCUGUCGGCGUGUGAUCUCCUUGUUACUCAAUUUGAGGGUCGACAGAUUGUAUGAUAGAAAGGUGGCCUGGGACAACAAGUUAUCAGACAAAGACUCAGAACCUUACCAACAACUUAGCUACGAAGCAGUGAGAGCGAUCGACUCAGCGUUCUCUAUGACUCCAUUCUCUGAUGAUUUCGUGAGCGGUUCAGUGAACUCCAUCCAUCAAGGUGAUGCACACAAUCAAGGAGUUUUCGUGAAUUACACUGUCUUGAUGCAAGAAACAGCGGAAACGCUCCGAUCAGCAGUCGCAAGUGACAUACAGAAGCACUUACUAGGGGUCAUACGACGUCGUUCCAACAAUGUUGGGGCUUCAGCAUUAUGGGUGGACAGUCCUGCUGGCAGUGUGCUGCCGUUAACAGAUGUGGAUGAAUGUGCUUCAUCAGACCUGAACGACUGUCACCAGCUCGCCUCCUGCACCAAUAUAUGGGGCGCGUUCAAAUGCGUGUGUCCGGACACAACACUAGACGCGGGUGAGGGUUCAACGCGCGCCGGCCGCGAGUGCCGCGCCUGCUCCGCCGCGCACUGCAGCGACCGCGGCGUCUGCAGAUACGCCAACGGACAGCCUUACUGCAGUUGUUCGUCCGGGUACUACGGGUCGACGUGCGAGGUGGACGGCGAGGUGGUCGGCGUGGCGGUCGGCGCCUCGCUCGCCGCCGCGCUCGUCAUCGCGCUCACGCUGGCCGCCCUACUGUCCUGGAGUCGCAAAUGGUCUCGUGAGCAGAAGGCUGCGGGCAUGGGCUCGCCUGUCUUCAACUACAUGGCUUCUAACACUAUCAAGACACCGCCUGUCGGACAACCCCCCUACCAGGUAUCGUUAGAAGAACGCAUGCGCUGGGCUCAAAUAGCUGAAGCGAUGGCGCAGGCGAACCAUUAUGCGCCCGACCCUGCGCAGACAAUGGCCACCCGUCCCUCCUCUGCCAUGUUCGGUGGAUAUCCGACACUACCGCCGGUACCUCUACCCAGGAUGGGUAUGCACGGCCACCACACGGGUACGAUGAACACGGUGACGUCACGACCCAACACCGCCUCUCACCAUAUGUAUGACCGCACUGACCUGCUUGUGCCGCGGCCAAAGUCGCGCGCCAGGAGUAUGCAUAAUCAGAACGGUAUAUACUACGACGUGGAAUAUGAGAACAAUCCCGAACCUAUAUACGGCAGUAAGGGUAUCCCUCUCUCCACAUACACCGUCAGUAGGGGCCCGCCCUUCUACAGGACAUAGUCAUUUCUAUAAAAAUAACUGUUUUUGA